AUGGCCCGCGAAGAUGCUGUUUACCUGGCCAAGCUCGCCGAGCAGGCUGAGCGUUACGAAGAGAUGGUCGAGAACAUGAAGGAGGUUGCCUCCACUGAUGUAGAGCUCACCGUCGAGGAGCGCAAUCUCCUCUCCGUCGCUUACAAGAACGUCAUCGGUGCCCGUCGUGCGUCCUGGAGAAUCGUCACCUCCAUCGAGCAAAAAGAGGAGUCCAAGGGCAACGGUCCCCAGGUUACCCUUAUCAAGGAGUACCGCCAGAAGAUCGAGACCGAGCUCGCCAAGAUCUGCGAUGACAUCCUUGAGGUUCUCGACAAGCACUUGAUCCCCUCUGCCCAGAGCGGCGAGUCCAAGGUCUUCUACCACAAGAUGAAGGGUGACUACCACCGUUACCUUGCUGAGUUCGCCAUUGGCGACCGCCGCAAGGGCGCUGCUGAUGCCUCCCUCGAGGCCUACAAGAGCGCUACUGAGGUCGCUCAAACCGACUUGGCCCCUACUCACCCCAUCCGUCUCGGUCUCGCCCUGAACUUCUCCGUCUUCUACUACGAGAUCCUCAACUCCCCCGACCAGGCCUGCCACCUGGCCAAGCUUGCUUUCGAUGAUGCUAUUGCCGAGCUUGACACUUUGAGCGAGGAGAGCUACAAGGACUCCACCCUGAUCAUGCAGCUUCUCAGAGACAACCUGACGCUCUGGACCUCGUCGGAGGCCGAGACGGCUGCUCCUGAGUCCAGCGCUCCUGCCGAUAAGGAGGAGGCUGCUUCUGCUGAGGAGAAGCCCGCUGCCGAGUAA